UAAUCCCAAUUCCUGUGAAAUUACUUCUUAGUUUUCUUAGUCCGUGUCCAGUGUUCUUGAGUUUAUUGAAUACUGCGCUACUGUGUUCAUUUGCUUCUUAUUUAUCUAGUCUUUUCCACUGAUCUACUUAAAUUUUUUUUUAACAGUAGCAAAUAGUUUUUUAUAAAUUUACUUUUCCACUAACUUAUGUUUCAUGUAUCACAAAACUUAUUAGACUUUAUCCCCUUCUUCUAUAACUCUGUUUGGAGGCAUUUGUAUAUAUCUGAAAUUUUGUGUGUCUCUUGUCAGGUUGUGUAGUAAGAGUUAUUUUCCAUUGAGUAGUUUCUUUAUUAGCCUUAUGUAAAACUGUUGGCUCCAAAUGAAAUAUAUUUCAAAGGAAAAUAAAAGUAAAGGCUGAAAAAGAAACACUAAAUAUAGAACAUAAGGCAGAUUUUAUAUAAGCCAUGUGAAAGAGAAUUCUUUACUCUAUUGUCGAUCCUGAGUUAACAGUAACUUAAGUACCUUACUAGAUUGUGAAGACAGGAUUAACUCUUCUUUGUCUACCUUUUGAUUGAAACAACACAAACUUGAGGAGCUUGCAAACCACUUAGUGAAUUCACACCCUACGUAGUGCUAGAUGAGAAGUCAACAAGAUACUUGGAGAGCUCCACCCUUUUUUUAACUCAAACAGUCAGAAACUUGUAAGAGUUCACACCCUCAGAAACUGUGAAUCCUUUUGAUGACUAUUCACCCUUCCAGAAGGUGCGAACUGGUUCCCACAAACACUGCCCAGGCAGUGCUAGACAAUUUGGAAACUGUGAUUGUCCCUUGUGAAAGGGGGAAGUGACAAGGAGCCACCAUAAAAGGCCCUGAAUUUCUGGGGCUAGGGAAGUCAACUCCAAGAAGGAGCUGGACUUCAGGAAGGAAGUCAACUUCAAGAAGAAGGUCGGCUCAAGGAAGAAAGUUGGCCUCAGGAAUCACCUUCAGCUCCAGUCAUUAUCUUGACCUGCCUCUUGGAGGGAACUUGACUAUUUUGACCAUGGAUGGUGAGGAAAUACCAGACUUUUCAAGUUUAAAGGAGGAAACUGCUUAUUGGAAGGGACUUUCCUUGAAAUACAAACAAAGUUUUCAAGAGGCACAGGAAGAGCUGGUUGAAUUCCAAGAAGGAAGCAGAGAAUUAGAAGCAGAAUUGGAGGCUCAGCUAGUACAGGCUGAACAAAGAAAUAGAGACUUACAAGCUGAUAACCAAAGAUUGAAAUACGAAGUGGAAGCAUUAAAGGAGAAACUAGAACAUCAGUAUGCACAGAGUUAUAAGCAGGUCUCUGUUUUGGAAGAUGAUUUGAGUCAGACACGAGCCAUUAAAGAACAAUUACAUAAGUAUGUAAGAGAGUUGGAGCAGGCUAAUGAUGACCUGGAGAGAGCAAAAAGAGCAACAAUAGUUUCCCUUGAAGACUUUGAACAAAGGCUGAAUCAAGCCAUUGAACGAAAUGCAUUUUUGGAAAGUGAACUUGAUGAAAAGGAGUCUUUGCUGGUUUCUGUACAGAGGCUAAAGGAUGAAGCAAGAGAUUUAAGACAAGAACUAGCAGUACGUGAAAGGCAACAAGAAGUAACUAGAAAGUCAGCUCCUAGUUCUCCAACUCUAGACUGUGAAAAAAUGGAUUCUGCUGUCCAGGCAUCCCUCUCCUUGCCAGCCACUCCUGUGGGGAAAGGGACUGAGAACAGCUUUCCUUCACCAAAAGGUAUACCAAAUGGUUUUGGUACCAGCCCACUAACUCCUUCUGCAAGGAUAUCAGCAUUAAACAUUGUGGGGGAUCUCUUGCGGAAAGUAGGGGCCUUAGAAUCCAAAUUAGCUGCUUGCAGGAAUUUUGCAAAGGAUCAAGCAUCACGGAAAUCCUAUAUUUCAGGGAAUGUUAAUUGUGGCCUGGUGAAUAGCAACAGCACAAAGUUCUCUCGUUCAGGGCAUACAUCUUUCUUUGAUAAAGGGACAGUAAAUGGCCUUGACCAAGUUCCUCCAACUGGUCUGGGCUCUUCCAGACCAUCAUCUGCUCCAGGUAUGCUGCCUUUGAGCGUGUGAGCACCCAGUGUCCAGGGGGAGGACUCAGCUCUCCACUGAUGAACAAGGAUGUACCUACGCCUCACCUGUCUGUGCCCACACCUGCAAGGCCCAGCUCAUGCCCUUCUAUCCACCUGCCUUCCUGUAGCCAGCAGAUGGCAUGCCAGCUGCAUGCCAUGGCAAACACCGUGCCCACUGCCCUUCAGGACUCUGCUCGAUGUUAACCCUGGUUAUUUUUCUCUUCUCACCAUAGUGCCCAUUGGUUUCACAUGAUUGCACUUUCAUGGGUCACAAGCUGAUAGUGUAUUACUUGGUUUCUCUGGAUAUAGAAGUUCUCCCUUACCCCAUUCAGCCUAUACAGCUCUUCCUUGCUGUUCUGGUAGAAUUCAUUUGAGUAUAGGACCAGUGCAAAUCUUGGAAUUCACUAAAAGACCAUAUUAAUGUGUGUCCUUCCCCACAGCUUCUCCAUCCCCACCCCCACCCCAUGACAUCUACCUUCCUUCCCCACAAAAGGAUCUUUUAUAGCAAAAAAGACUUGUAAUUUGGGGCCUCACUUCUUUCCCAUAUUCAUGAUAGUCAAGGACAUAGGGCACAUGUUUCCUGUACCUUCUGAAGUCUUUCGAGCAGUUAGCAAUUCUCUAGGCUCCCAUCACCCAGAGCAGCAUUUAGUCCUAGCUCAUGGACAGCAAUGAACAAGGUUCCCAGGAAGCCCUAGGGACUCCGUCCUGAAGGAUGUUGCAGCUGUGAGGUGUGUCUCCUUCUUUCUGUGCCUCAGACUUGGUGGGGUUGACUGCCCCCUCACCCGCUUUCCAAGAUCCUUCAGUUAAAAAUGCUAGCACUUUUGUUUUAUUAUCAGUGGGCCUAACCAGUUGAAUUGGGAGGAGUUGAGUGGCCCGUCUCCAAGGGGCAAAGAGAAGACUGCCCUCAGAAGGGUAGGACUUUACAUGUUUUUCCUGUACAUCCUUUGAUUAUUCACAUGCUGCAUUUACUGUUUACAUUUGUUUGAUUGUAUAUAGGUUUGUAAACAUAAUUGCCUGAGAUAUUUGUACAUAACUUGGGCUUUGUAGCUUUAUUUAUUCCGAAUCCAUUUGGCAUGUUUAAUGACUUAGGAUGGUGUCCUACAGGGCAGCUGUAUUAAGAUCAUCAUGUGGUUUAAAAAACAACAAAACACUUCUCAUCAAAAUAAAGAUCUUUUUUGUGGAAACAGUGAAUUUUACAGAAAGAGAAGAUUGAAGUUGAUUUAUUGUCUGUAUGAGAGAAAGCAAAAGCUAGAGAAUACUAAUGACUCAAGUUCAGAUCUUUGAUCCAAUAAAUCAGAAAGAGGAAUUGACUUUUUCUGUGCAUGGAACUUCCUUAAGGGUGUUAGGGCAGGUAUGGAAGGAAGAGACCUACAUUUUACUUUCAGGGGCAUAUGCCUUUUCCCCCCUUUUUUCUCUCUCUCUAACCACCUGUGCUCAUAAAAUGAGAGAUCCUUAAUCUCAAGAUCAGAAGCAGGCCAGGUUGACUAAUGGAGCCAUGGGAGCAGAGUGUAUUUGUAUUUUGUUAGAGUUAGUUUAUGGGGUAGGUAUAUAGGGUGUAUCCUACCACCAUUUUUUAUCAAAUGAGAUAUUACUCACUUUUGUCACUCUGUAGUUUCAGGUCAUUUCAAACUAGGCUUCUUAGUUUCCAACUCAGAAUUUUCACCUCAUCUCUCAGGCUUGCUGAUUGAUACCAGGUGAGAGAAGGUUCCAGGUAUUUGAUAGAAGUGACAAGAAUAGCCUCAGAAACAUGCAGACUGAUGCUCACAGCUCUUUGUACAGCGGGUUUUGAAUUCUGCUUUUGUUAUAACAGAUGAACUUGGCAUUAAGAGCAAACAGAAACUAAAUAAUGCUAAAUAAAUAAGCAAUAUCAAGUGAUAUUCCACAUUUGUAAAAAUAAUAAAAUAUAUUGCAAGUA